AUGGCUGCAAAUGGCACAAGUGGUGGCACAAGUCGGAAGGAUCCAAUCUUAGAUCUGGCCAAGUAUAUUGAUCAAGAAGUGCGUGUGAAGUUUCAUGGUGGACGAGAAGUGACAGGAAUAUUAAAAGGUUAUGACCAGCUGGUCAAUCUCGUUCUGGACGACUGUGUAGAGUUUCUACGUGAUCCAAAGGACGAAUAUCGAAUUACGGACGAGACACGAAAGAUUGGACUUGUCGUGUGUAGAGGCACAUCAGUAAUGCUUGUGUCUCCAAUGGAUGGUACAUCGGAGAUAUCAAAUCCAUUUCUACAACAGGAGGGAUAG